ACCGAGCGCUUACCACAGAGAACGAAGUUAUCAAUAUCACACCGAAGAGAUAAACGCGCAUAGUGUGUACAGACACAACGAACUAAAUCGGUUGCGUCAAAUGAAGACCAAGACAUUCAGCGCGCUUGAAGAUUCACUAAUUCAAUUUUUAUUGCUUGUCAAACAGUCGUGGGCUGUUUGAUUGACGCGGUAGCUUCUAGUUGAGCAAGAAAGAGUCCGAUUUGCAUACACCGUAUGCGUAGUUUGUGCAUGUGUUUUUUGCAAUACAACACUGCAGACAGAAAUGUCUUUGGCAUCGUCCGAAUCAAGACCGAUACAAAGUGUGUGAUACACAGUUUGUUAUCUCAUAUAUCAUUUGGUUAUCACGGAUUGCUUGCGAGAACGUCUAGAUAAUGUGCGCUCCGUCGAUGUGAUACAGAAUUUGCAAUCAUUUCGUCGCAUUUGAUUCGAGCAAAUGGUUGUGACAUACGCGGAACGAAUAGGCCGGGAGACAAUUUUUACAAAUCCACUUGCAACGAUCACGAUCAGUAUUUUGUGAGACACCAUCAGCACAAGAUCUAAUACACAUCUUCUUUUGCUCUCACCAACAUUCGGGAAUUUUUUCUAUCAUUCUAUUGCGGAAAUUACAAGACACCCGACAUUCAAAUUAAAUCAUCAGUUGGAAAGAAAUUGAACACUCGCGAUUGUGAAUUUUGAAGGGAAAUAAAGCUGCUUUUAAUUGAAUUUCUUCGAAUCAAAAUAUCCGUCCAGUUACUUAAACUCAUCAACUCGCUUAGAAUCAAAACUAAAUAUCCAGUUGACUUCCAAAUUAAAGCAGAAAAAAUUAAAGAAAAAAACUCUUUGGACAAAAACAAACAAAACAAACCGUGAUCCGAUUUGCAGAAGCAAAGUGAGCAAAAGCCAAGCGUAUUAAAUAAAAGCGUUGAAACAAAUUGAAAUUUUACGACGUCAUUGCAUUAAAAAGCACUUUGUUCAGUUUAGUCUCUUUUUAUUUGAAAAUUUUUAUAUAUUCACUCCUUUGCUCAUGCUAUUUUAAAUGUUUAAUGGAAUUUUAUUGAUAAAUUGCUUUAAUAAUAGUUGAAUGAAAAAAGACGGUGUACAAACUGGAAACAGGCAUUACCAUCGCAUUAUCAAAAUCAGCGAGCGUUGAUUUUGUUUUUUUCUGUUUUGUUGAGCCUUUUUCUCUCUCUGACGGUUAAAAACACUAGAAAAUAAAAAAAAAAACGCCAGAAGAAAAGGCGGUCAAAAUAAAAACUGAACAUAAAGACCAAGUGAAAAGUGCUACCGCGAUUGUGCUCGGUGGAAAAAAGUAAAGUUUGUAAAAGAAACUAGUGAUCGUGUAUUGAGGAGAGAAAAUAAGAGUAGAAUCGAAUCAAAAUGGGGGAGGAAAAGGUGGAAGAAACAACCAAACUUAAGGAAAAGGAAAUUUCCACGGAAGAUGACGAAAUCGAAAAACCUGAACUCACAAAAUUUGGUGAAUUUUGUCAGCGACAUGGCAUCAAUGCCAACUUGAUUAUGCUGAAAAUUACAUUAUUUGUUAUGUAUGGAGCCACAUCAUCGCUACUACCCUAUCUGACAAUUCAUAUGCAAAGUAUAGGUUUAACCAUUGAAGAAAUCGCCAUAAUUUAUUUAGCAUUGCCGUUUACGACAUUUUUAAGCCCUCCACUAACAGGUUUUUUGGUCGAUAAAUUUGGCAAAUACAAACCUGUAGUUAUUAUGAGCUUAUUACUGAAUGCAGUUUUUCAUCAUUCGUUGAUGAUGAUUCCACAGCAAGAAAUACCGGGAGUUAUACCAAAGGCCUAUGUUAUGAAACAUCCAAACACUGGCAGCGUUGAGGUUUGGUGGUCACCGUGUCCAAGUAGAGAAUGUCCAGACAAUGAAGAACUUGACAUUGUGGUUGAUCAAUGCUUAGAUCAUUGCUUGUUGCUCGAACAAAAUCCAAAAAUUGAAAUUAUCGCCCCACCGACAAAAGCUCCAAUGCGACCACCCGUUACCGAAGAUAAUGGCGAUAUUGACGAUCUUAACUUCCAUUUGAGCAAAAGAAAACCCAAAGAUGCAAAGCAUCACUCCAGUACGCCACUUACAACAUCGCCGACGACAGAAUUGCCCACAACGACGAAGAAAACAACCGAAGCGACAAUGAGUCAAAAUGAGACAAGUGAAGAAGAAGGUGGUUGGGUGUUAGCCGAUGCUGAUGAUGCUGCGCAUUUCCUACUUGAUAUGCAUCCUUAUCUCGGCGACCCAAUCGAACAGCUGGGCAUGGAAAUUGAACAAGAUGACAAUGAUACGGUCACUGACUUCAAGCAAAGAUUUGGUGAAAAACUGCUGUGGGACUCAGGCGUGAAUGUGACUGAACUCGAAGAUGUUGAUUUGCGAUGUGGUGGUUUGGUGCUAUUAACAAACAUGUCUGGACAAAGUAAUUUCCGAUUGAACGAAUUGGCCGCAGAUUGUAUGGUACAAGAGUGUGAAUUUCGACACGGAGGUCCAGAAAUCUGUCCGCCCGAUUACAUUGAAAGUGACGACAGUGUGUUUUGGAUUUACUUCUUUUUGCGAUUCUUGGCCACGACUAUGUUAUCAGCCGGUGUGACCAUUAUGGAUCCAAUUGCACUGACAAUGAUUGAAAAGUAUGGUGGUGAUUUUGGUCGCGAGCGUUUAUUCUCAAGCUUCGGAAUGGCAAUAUUUUCACCGAUCACCGGAUUGCUUAUCGAUCAGACAUCACGCGGUUUAGGGUAUACCGAUUACUCGGCAGCAUUCUACACUUAUGAUAUUCUAUUGAUAAUUUCCACAAUUACCGUCACUCUUAUGCCAAUCGGUGAUAAAUUGCCCGCUGACAACGUGUUCCGAGACUUGUUUAACUUGUUGAAAUUGCCCCACAUCAUGGCUUUCAUUUGCUUUUUAUUCUUCCUCGGAAACUUCUGGGGCUUUAUCGAAAGCUUUUUAUUCUUAUAUCUCAAAGAAUUGGGAGCACCAAAUUAUUUACUUGGAAUUACCAUUACGGUUGGAACCGUUAGCAGUAUUCCAUUUUUGUACAGUGCCGAAAAAAUUACGCGCGUUUUCGGUCAUGUUAAUUUAAUCAUUAUCGCAUUCUUUUCACACGCUGUUCGUCUUGUCGGCUAUUCGUUCAUCGAAGAUGCUUGGUGGUGUUUCCCAUUCGAAGCGAUGGAAUCGCUUUCUUGUCACUUGAUGUGGGUUGCAGCAGCUACUUAUUGUGCAGUUCUAGCGCCGAAAGGUCUUUUGGCCACAUUGAUUGGCGUAUUGGGAAUGGCGCAUUUCAGUUUGGGUCGUGGCAGUGGAUCAUUCUUCGGCGGUUUUCUCAUUGGAAACGUUGGCACACGUGAGGCCUUCCGAUACAUGGGCCUUAUGGCGGUAUUCGGUGGUUUUCUAUACUACGGAUUACAUUUGGUCUACUUGAAACGAUUCGAUUCGAUUGACGAUAAAGAAGAUCAAGAGACGAAUGAAAAUGGCGAAGUAGACAAGUUAACGGAACCAAAAACACGCGACCAAGGAACUUCAAUGUCACAAGAGAGACUCAGUUUAUGGGUGAAAUACAAUCAAAUUGGAAGCUUGGCAUCGUUGCCGCGAGGAUCAAAGGCGGAUAUUCAUGAGCAUUUGGCACAACGCAGAAGCAGCUAUAACAUUGAAUACGGUCGCAAUCGAACGGGUGGCAGUGCAUCAAAGGUGGAUUUAUUAAAAUCCGCGUUGGAAAUCAACCACAAAACGUCACACACAUCCGUAUCCAGUCGAACGGAUCGAACAUCAAAUCAAUCUCUGAACCGUUACCGUGCUGACAGUGCUCCAAAGUUGAAUCUCAGCAGUCCGAAGUCGUUAUUAAUCCCAACUGAUCCCGUCUUAGAGGGUGUUGAAUCGAAUUUCGUGCGAUACGAUCGUUUCAAGUACCGUAGCCGAGCUCAGCUGCAGAUGAUUCCAGCGGACGAACCGAUUACAACAACAAUGAGUUUUGAUGCGGAUGACGAGCGACGCGAUUCAAUACCCGAAGAGCCAGAGAAUAACCAACAAACAAAUCACAUAAACAAAGCGAAACCAGUGCCAAAUGAAAAUCGCAGAAAUAUCACGUACGAGCGAAGUCACUCAUUAGUUGAACCGCAAACAAAUCACUUUAGCGAAAACACCUGAACCGAAAACAUGCAACGCCGAAACAAAAAAACAUUCAAUUUGCUUUUUGCAUAUGUACUAUGUUUUCUAUCGUUCAAAUUUAAAAAAAAAUAAUGUUAUUUUUAAUUCGUAAGUCUAUGUAAUGCUUUUUUUCCUUUUGACAAAUUGUUCCUUUGGGUGGUUUUACGACUAAAUGAUUCAAAAAUCGUUUUUUUUUCCUUUUAUAAGUCCAGAUAUUUACUAUUCGCUUGGAGUAUUUAAGUGAAUUUCACAAAAGUAUUGAAGUCAAGUAAUUAUUAAAUAAUUUGCUUUAUUUUCUAUAAACUUACUUUAGAAACAAGGGUAACAAAAAUAAGCAUCAGCGGCAACAACAAGUAUUGAUUUAUUUUUAGCGGAGAAAAGAGAGCGAGAAAAGUUUUAAGUUGUAUGUAAGCUGGUUAUAAUAAGUUGUUGAAUAAAAGAAAAACAAACUCUAGCGAUCGGAA